AUGCCUACAAAAUGUUGUCUCCGUGCACUGCAUCUGGCAUUGGUCCUGGGACUCGGACUGGGAGGUCUUCGAUCUGGCCUGGACCGCCCUCGACAAUUUCACGAGUGUUUGCGGGGGAGACGUCGAGGCCUGAUCGAUUCCAUCUCUUACAUUCUGCUGGACACCAAGCGUUUGUGCGAGCUUGCUGCCGAGGAGACCAAGCCCGUUAUGCUUUCGAACUUACGUUCGGUGAUUGACCUUGUAAAAACGAAGAUCGCAUCUAUCUUCUCGGUGGCCAACGAUGCCGCGAUGAAUCACCAAACUAACGCCAUCAUCGUGAUUCGACUUGACAGGGUUUCAAGUGAUCGAAAGGAAGUCGUGCACGUGAUCACUCAGAUGAUUCGUCGUGAUCUCUGUCAUGAUCAUGAUCCAUGGCGUGCUACGCUGGUAUCGGGCGGUCGAAACGGGCGAGAUAUCUCGUUCUCACGAGUGGACAGGUCAUGCGACGAUGUCACGUCAUUCUCGCUGUAG